UUGUAAAAAGUUACCAACCAGUUUUUAGUUCCUUCUCGACUGGCCAAUGAGGCUUUAUUUCCUGUUUGCCAGCCAUGCUACAUUCGGGGCUUUCUCACACUGCUGCAUGACUGAUGUUACACCCACAGAGGACAAGCACAGGAAAACCAGGAACAUUUUCCUCUUCUCGUCAAGAACAAUAGAACAGCUUGCAGUUAGCACAAACUGAGAUUUUAGGACGGCGUGUGUUGGAACCAACGCGAAAGAGCUUUCUUUUUUAAUACUGAGCGUUUGACAUUCGCAAGGUAAGGAUCAUGUCUCUUCCAGAGGAGGAUCUGACAUGUCCAGUGUGCUGUGACAUCUUCAGGGACCCUGUUCUGCUGUCGUGCAGCCACAGCUUCUGCAGGAGCUGUCUGAAGAAAUGUUGGGACACAAAGACAGGGGAAUGUCCAGUUUGCAGAAGGAAAGGGUCCAAAUGCCCUCCUCUGUCCAAUUUAGCCCUGAAGAAUGUCUGUGAAGCUCUUCAGCAGCUGAGGAGGCAAAACUCUCUGGAGGAGCAGGGGAGGUGCAGCUUACACGGGGAGAAGUUGAAGCUGUUUUGUCUGGCUGACGAACAGCCCAUCUGUGUGGUGUGCCACGCUUCCAAACUUCAUAAAAAUCACGACUGUUCCCCGGUUGAAGAGGCACUUCUGGACUGCAAGGAAAAACUGGAGUUCACACUGAACAGAUUGGAAAGCAAACUGGAACACCUCCAAAGAAAACACAGGACCUCUGCUGACAUGCUGGCAUACAUUAAGUAUCAGACGCUAACAACUCAAAAAAAGAUAAAAAACCAGUUUGAGCAGCUACAUCAAGCCCUUUGUGAUGAAGAGUCGGUCCGUAGAGAAGCUGUGAAGCGUGAGGAAGAGGAGAAGACAGCAUCGAUCAAAGAAAAAAUGAACGAACUUUCAGCAGAAAUGCUUUCUGUCGCUGCGACUAUGUCUGCCAUCAAAACACAGCUCAGAGAAGAUGAUAUGAUUAUGUUAAAGAAUUUUAGAGUCACUCAGGAAAGGGAUAAAGAUAUGGAGGAUGAUUUAGAUAACUUGUCCGGUUUACUGUUAGAUGCAACAAAAUACCUCUCUAACCUAAAAUACAGUGUCUGGGAAAAAAUACUGGACAAGAUUGACUACACCUCUGUAACUCUAGACCCAAACACAGCACACCCAUGCCUCGUCCUAUCCGAAGACCUCACUUCCCUUCACUACUCACAGCAGCCCACUUGUUUUCCUGACAACCCUGAGCGCUUCCACGUGAGUGCAGAAGUAGUAGGAACGACCUCGCUCGGCUCAGGAAGCCACCACUGGGUUGUGGAAACAGGAAGUAAUCAGGACUGGCUCCUGGGCGUGGCCUCAUUGUCUGCGCCUAGGAACGCCGAGGUCGCAGCUCGGCCUGAAAAUGGCUUUUGGACUUUGUGCUUCCGGGACGGAGAGCUCAGAGCAAUGAGCUCGCCACCCACCCUGCUGACUGUUACAACUAAGCCCGAACAGGUCAAAGUUCAACUGGAUUACAACAAGGGAACAGUGUCAUUUUUUGACCCUGUGGACAAUUCGCUCCUGUAUGCUUUCACACAGACAUUCACAGAGCCUUUACUGCCAUAUUUUUAUACACAGAGUAGUCACCCUCUGAGAAUAAUGCCAGAGAAGGUGCUUAUCACAGUGCUGCACCAGUAAGUAGGUUUUCUUUCUUUCUUUUUCUUUUUUUAGCUUUCCUGUUCUCCCAAAACAAUGUUCCUAAAGGUCUCCCUUCAUUUUAUAAAGUUCUGGACACAAAUCUUCAUGUUUAAGCACAGACACUUUCAGCUUUUACUUCAAACCAACUCCAUCCUCUCAAAUCCAACUAAUCUUAUUGAAACACUAAACUUUGCUUGUAGGCAUUACAUAAAAGACUCCCUUCCCCAAAUAGAAAACAAGUACAAGCAGCGUUUGUAAAAGUAUUCAUAAUUCUUCAGCUUUUUACAUAUAAGGCAAACAUUAUAGUAUUUUAUUGGGAUUUUAAGUGUUGCAUAAUUGUGAAGUGGAAGGAAAAAGAGACGGCAGUUUAAUAAAAACUGAAGUGUGGCAUGCUUUUAUAUUAAGUUGUAAAACCACGUUUUGCUGCAGUAACAGGUGCUAGAAGUCAAACGUUCAUGGCAUAUGUUCGGUUUUCUAACCAGAUGCUUUAUCCCCACUAGAAAAACAUCCCACAGCAUGAUGCUGCCCCCUUGUUUUACUACCAAGACUGUUUGUUCAGGGGAUUGUGGUAUUUUUCUGCCAGAUGUAACCAGACCAUGUUCUUCCACAAGUUUGUUAUGUCACAAGUGGAGAUGGAUUUGGACAAUUGUUUGUGUGAAAAUAUCAGAGUAAAGGAAACUGAAGAUAAAUCUUCAUUGCACUUUUCUUCGAUUUUAUUUAUUUAUUAUUUUAAAUAAAUAAUUUUAUACAAGGACUGAAUGUUUUUAUAAUUGUCAGAGAUUGUUAAACAAAACUAAAUUGAGUUUUAGAUAUUUCACAACAUUUGGACUAGAGCUAGGUUUUUUUUGUCUUAGCUUGCUAAAUAAGUGUUGUUCAUUAUUCAGAUUUUUUCUCUUUAAAUAAAACAAUCUGUACAAAUUUCCUUCUUCUAAAACUUGAUGCUAAGUUUUUUGAAGGUCCAUGAAACAUUGAGCUGCCCCAAGAUCAAAAAUUGUUAUUUGGGUUGUAAGGUUUCAGGAUCUUAAUUUAGUUCUAGGAACACAAGCUGAGCCAAAUAUUAAAAUAUGUAAACAGUGUCAUUAUAUUUGAUAUGUUAUUUCGGAGAUUGGCUGGUGGUUUAUUUAUUUUGAUUUUUUUGCUCAUAGGACAGUAAUAGAAAAUACUGUGGUGUAUUUUCACCGUCUGUGUAAUUUUGUCGCUGCCUUGUGUUUGUCACGAGUAGUAAAGAUUCUUUGUGAAGA